UUGACAACUGAUUUUUUGUGCAUUCGAUUAAUAGAAACUCAUUCUUUUGUGUAAAAAUUAAAAACUAAAAAAUAUAUAAUUAAGAAUAACCUAGAAUAAGUAAUAAAAUAAUAAUUAAUUAGCAAAAAGUCAUAAAAAUAAGAAGAGAAAGGCCACAACGAUAAAGAGAAGACCUACGACGAAUUUGCAAGCAAAAACAAGCUAACAACGCAAACAAAGAAAAAAUCAAUAAUUUUCGUUUGUAAUCAUAAAAUUUAAAGGCAAAAUAUUAAUACUAUUAACAAAUACAACAACAACAAGUGAGAAAAAAGCUGCCAAAAGUGUGUGGAAUAGAAAACCAUAAUAAUAAAUUCGAUUGUUGAAAACUUUUUUUCAUAAACAUAAGGCUGUUUCGAAAGCAGGGCAUUGGCAUUGCCUGUUUUAGGGGAGUAAAGUAAUAGUUUAGUGUAGUGUAUAACAAGAAGAAUUUCCGUCGUAAGGACGCACACAGGAAACGAAAAUAAAAUAAAAUGACAACAACUCCAUUGGUACAAUUGGAAGAAGUUGAUUUGAUGAACCAUUACAGCGAUGAAGAUGAGGACAACAAAGUAAAUGGCCAUAAUAUGCAACAGCAGCAGCAACUUUUAACCACCGAAGUUGAGAUAAAUACAAUUGGUCUCAACAAAAAGAAACGUAGAAAACCAAAGAACAACAACAACAGUAAAACACAGAAACAACAACAACAGGAACCCAUGCUCUUAUCACUUCAAGACGACGACGAUGAUGAUGAAGAUGAUACGGUCGGCAUAAACGACAGUGGCAUGGGUACAACGGUACAGGGAGGUACUACUCCCGACAGCCAUGACGACGACGACGAUGAUGAUGACCCAGAGUACAGCCACAACGAUGAUAAUGGUAUUCAUCAUAAUGGCGUUGGCAAGUCGUCCAUGGCUUCAAACCUUACCUCAACACAUCACACAUCUCAUAGCAUAGAUGCAGCCAUACAACAAACGGUAUUAGCUUUCGAUGAACAUGAUUUCUUCAACACCCGCGAUACAACCAACGAACCACAUUCCUCCACUCUAAUGCUAAAUGGCCAUGCAAAUUCAAGCACAGCAACAACAACAAAUGGCAAACAACAGCAACUACUUGCUCCCACAAAUGCAUUGGUGGCUACGCAUCAGUUAAAUGCUCUCGACACUAGCAUAAUAACAAUCUCAUCGACCACCUCUCCCUCGGUGAGCGCCGGCCUUCGGACCGAUGUCGAUGACAACAACGAGAGCAGUCAAAAAUCAGCAAGUCAGCAUUACAGCGACAGUCCAUCGCGUUCCGGCUACGGUCACAGUUCGACGACACAUUCGCCCGCAUCAAGAUCAUCAAAAUACGCAAUACCAUCGGCAGCAACAACCUCCACCGCACCACCGGUCAGACUAUUUAGCAGUAAUGUUGCCCUGCCACCGCAUCUACGUCAGGAUUCUAUAAAUUCUCAUGAUGAUACCGAUGAGAUUUGUCUAGUGCCCGAUGUGGAUUUUGAAUGCGGAAUAAGCAUAAUGGAUCAUAGUGGUAGUGAUAAUCGUGAAUCGCAACCCUUGUUGGGAGGGGGUGGCGGAGGAGGGGGUGCGGCUGGGCGUGAUCACUACGAGGUGGCAUGUAAUACAUUUAUGGAUGAUCCCAGUUUUACCGAGAUUGUUGCUCAAGUUGAGUUCGCCAUUGAACAUGGAGUUAUGCCGGAACGUAUCUACCAAGGCAGCAGUGGUUCAUAUUUUGUUAAAAAUGCCUCGGGGAAAAUAUUGGCCGUCUUCAAACCCAAGGAUGAGGAACCCUAUGGACGCCUUAAUCCAAAAUGGACCAAAUGGAUGCAUAAACUAUGCUGUCCCUGCUGUUUUGGCCGUGCCUGUUUAAUACCCAAUCAAGGUUACCUUUCCGAGGCCGGUGCAAGUUUAGUCGAUCGCAAACUGAAUCUUAAUGUUGUGCCCAAGACGCGGGUGGUAAGACUGGUAGCUGAAACCUUUAACUAUGCCCGCAUAGAUCGACAAAAGGCCAAGCUAAAGAGACGGAUCAAAGAACAUUAUCCCUCGGCUAAAUUCAAUCGCAUGAGUUUACCCCUAAAGACUGGUUCAUUUCAAACCUUUGUAGAAGGCUACAAAGAUGCCGACUAUUGGCUGAGACGUUUCGAACAGGAACCACUUUCAGAGGCCUUAGCCAAAUCAUUUCAGCUGCAAUUUGAGAAAUUGGUAGUGCUGGACUAUAUCAUACGUAAUACGGAUCGUGGCAACGAUAAUUGGCUGAUAAAAUAUGUACAACCGAAAAUUACGAAAAAGGUGAAUGGUACGGGAGGCAAAUCAUUAUUUGCCGGAACCUCUACGUCAUCGAAUGAAGUGAAAACGGCAAAUAUUAUAAAUACCGAUCCCAUUGAGGCAACGCCAUCUACCAACAAUAACAAUGAACAAAACAAAAAUCUGGACAGUGGCCAAUUGGUGGAUAUACAAUCCGGCUCUUUGCACAGUACAUCAACGACCAAUAGUUCAUCGUCUGUCUCGUCGGUGGGUGAGACACCACAAAAUGACCCAAAAUCAAGUAGAAAACCCACAGAACGACACAAUGAAUGGAGUCUGGUGGAUGCACCGGAAAUAAAAAUUGCCGCCAUUGACAAUGGGUUGGCCUUCCCCUUCAAACACCCCGAUUCGUGGCGUGCCUAUCCCUAUCAUUGGGCCUGGUUGCCACAGGCUAAAGUGCCAUUUAGUGAAGAAAUCAAACAACUAGUACUGCCACAAUUAUCCGAUAUGAAUUUCGUAGAAGAAUUGUGUACGGAUUUGUAUUAUCUUUUCCAGCAGGAUAAGGGAUUCGAUAAACGUCUGUUCGAACGGCAGAUGUCAGUGAUGCGUGGACAGAUUUUGAAUUUGACACAGGCCCUCAAGGAUGGCAAAUCGCCGGUACAGCUGGUACAGAUGCCAGCUGUGGUAAUUGAAAGAUCGCGGGCAUCACGUGGCUUUUUCUCCUUUACACAGCGCUUCCAAAAUAAAAGUCCCUUCUUCUCUUGGUGCUAACAUUUCUGUUCCGAAUCACACACAUCUUUACAAUACUUCAAUAUCACAACUUUUUUGUUUUGGUUAUUUUCAAAAUCAUUUCUUUUCGGCGCCUACCCACAACACCUGCAAAACCCCCAAUUGGCAUUAUCCUUUGUUGUACCUUAUAAGACGUUAUCUUACUUUUUUUGUUUAUUUCCUUUUUGGGUUCCUUAUCAUCAUCAAAAUAUAUAAUACAUACAUAUAUCGAAAAUGAAAAAUAUUGUUAAGAAUUUAUUGUGCACAUACCUACCUACCUACAUAUAUAAAAUAUAAACAUAAAUGCAUAUAACAUAAACACAUACAUAUAUACUCUUAUUUAAAUUAUAAUCUCUAUAUAAAAAAUACAUACAUUUACUUUUUGUUAAUUCCAUUUUAGCUUUCUUUUUUGUUUAAUAUUUACACAAAAUUUAUAAUUAAUUAUUAAUUGUAAUAAAAAAACAAGAAAAUUAAGAAACAUAUAUUAAGUUGUAUUUUUAAGAUGUGUGUUGUUGAUAUUUUCUAAACAAAAUUUGUAAUAUUUUUUUUCUUUUUGGAUAAAGUAUUUUCUUUUUUUAAUUUUUAAGAACCUGUUCGUUUGAUGGAAUGGAUGUUGGAAAUGUAAAGGAGAAACAAAAAUUCUAAUAAAAUUUGUAAUUUUUUGUUAUUCAAAGUAAAUAUAGAAUGAAAUUAGCCCACUGAUACAUUAAAAAUCUAUUAUAUUUACAUUAUUAUUAAA